ACGAAGAAAACAGAAGCAGCCAAAGUCACUUGGCGAAGAUAUCACACGCACUCGUGCUCUCUCUGUCUCUUCGCUGUCGGCUCUAUUUUCAUAUCACGCCGUCGAUUUGCCGGAACCCUAAUUCGAUCCGCCGGGAACUUAAAGACUCAGUAGAUGACCGAACGACUGGGGACGAGUUGAGAGAUCAAACGGGUCGGAUUUCGUCACCGGAUGGAGGGAGGUAGCGUCUCUAGACUUACUUGUUCUGGGAUACACCCAUGGAUUAUGAUGACAAUGAGUUCCAAAGCCAGAAUCUUCAUUUAGCUGGUGAAGGAAGCACCAAAUUUCCUCCGGUUUUACAGCCAUAUGCUCUUCCCAAGUUUGAUUUUGAUGACAGUCUUCAGGGACAUUUAAGGUUUGAUAGUCUGGUUGAAACAGAGGUUUUUCUUGGUAUAGAAAGUAACGAAGAUAACCAGUGGAUUGAAGAUUUCUCUCGGGGGAGUAGUGGGAUAGAGUUUAAUUCUAGUGCAACAGAGUCUUGUACUAUAGCAAGGCGUAACAAUGUUUGGUCUGAGGCCACUUCUUCUGAAUCUGUUGAGAUGCUAUUAAAAUCUGUUGGUCAGGAAGAAAUUAUUCUCACACAAACUUUUGUUAAGGAGUCAAAUGCAUGUGAUGAACUGGGCUGCUUAAUAAAGCAAAUGGAGCCUAAUCCUGUUCUUGACAAUAACAUUUGCAGAACAGGGGAUAUUACUAAUUUACAGUCUACUUUACUGCAGAAUGAGAAUCCUGAAAACUCUUCUGGGUUGAAGGGGGAUGCACUAGAAGAGCAGCCCCAUGUUGAAGAUACUUCACUAUCUCAUGAAGUUGCAUUUUCUGUGGGUGGAACAUCAGGUGAACUGGAUCCAAAUGCUAUAAAUAGAAGUGACGUUGAUACUUUGGCUGAGGAAUAUCUGAAUGAUAAAACAUGUAAAGAUUCUUCUGAUUCAGUGAUGCAAGUUGGUAGUAUUGUUGCAUAUACAGAAGAUGUUAUUGCAAGUGGCAGUGAGGUGAAAAAUGAAGAUUUACUGCAUCGGUUCGAUGAUCUUAGCAAUAUGAAUUCAAAUGGAGUUGAAACAGGAAAUGAUGGGACAGGGGAGGAAUUUCAUCCUUUAAGCAGAGAGGCUGAAAUAGCUGAUCAAAAUUUGAAUGGAGAUGCAGUUGACAGUAGUACCUCCCAUUCAGAAAGCCAUCUUGGCUUGACCUCAAAGUUAGAAUCUGUGGAAGAAGGAAAUGCAACUGGAAAUCGAACCAGUAAUGUGGCUGAGCCUUCUAGUAUGGUAGACAACAGUGAUUCUGACUUGCAUGUUGCGGAAAGAUGCUUAGAGGAUGUAGGUAUCAGAAUUCCUGAUGAGGCCAUGAAACAUGAUUUGGUUUUGGUUAAAGAUACCGAUGUUAGUGAUCCAUCAAAGGUAAAUACACAGGAGGUUCCACCACUGACCAUUAAAGAUGAUACUAAUCAUGAGGUGUAUGCAGUACAAGUUAGAAAUUUUAAAGGGUUACUAACACAUGGACAAGAAAGUUCUGGUGAGAAGGAUGAUUUGUUAGAAAGUGGUUGCCAGUUAGAUACUGAGGUGUUAGCAACUAAAUCUGAGGAACUUUUAUUUUCCAUGGAGAACCACAAAGUAUCUAAUGUUGAAGGUGAUCCAAACAAUAAUAGUCUUGAGGGAGGAACUUCUAGUGUUGCUUUGGUGUGUUCUUCACCUGAAUUGCAUAAGGAAACACAUGAAACUGAAUCCCUGAAAGAAAUUGACAAUGGUUUUGGAGUUUCGAGGGAGGAUCUAAUUGCCGAAGAUCAUGUCUUGUCCUCCACCGGGAAUGAAUCAAGUCAAACAUGUGGAGAAGAAAAAAUUCAUGGGAAGAGUGGUGUUCCUGAAGGUGAUAUAGAUGUUUCUGUCUGUGCAAAUGGAAGCACAAAGCUACCUUCUAAUUUCAGUAGUGUGGUUGGUGGAUCUCUUAGCAUUGAUAAGGGGGUUGGGAGUUCAUUUUUUUGUGAAGGGAGUGCAGGAAAUGAGCCGAUAAUGUCAAAAUUACAAUUUGAUGCCAAUGUUGGAAAUGAAUCAGCAUCAAAUGCUAUCUUGGAAAAUGCUAAGGUGGCAUCCAGUGACACAAUGUCUGGAGUUCUCUUGCCUUCUGAUAAUGGUAUGACUGCAGAUGGAGUAAUUGACUGCAGAGAGGUUCAAAUGACAGCUUCUGUUGUGGGGUAUACUCACUCAGAUAAAAAAGAGCCACUUGCAACCAAAAUAUCUACAGAUGCAAGCAUAUCUAUAUUGAUGGAAUCUUCAGAAGUGGAAAAUGAGCUAGGUCCUGUUUCUGAAACUGAAAAGGAUGCAUCUUAUGACUCUGCUGGUAAGGUGUCGCAAGAAACAGUUGAUGGAUCUCUGCCAAUGGCAGAAACUUGUAAUGCAGAAAGCCAGAGUGAGGCUCAAAUGGUAGUUACUGGCGGAGUUAACCAGGAAUGCCCUAGGAGGAUGGAAGUGCAUGCUGUUAUACAUGAUAUAUCAACAAAAGUGGGUGAUUUUGAAAAUACGCCCUCAAAAGUUUCAGGUGAUGUUUAUAAAGUUCAUGAAGGUUCCUUAUCCUCUGCUCUUUUGCCUGAAUCUCAAAAUGAUUUAUGUGCACUAGAAAGUGUAAGCGCUUCUGCUAAUGUUGUUAAACAUACCGGUUCCCCUAAUAUCACAAGAACUACUGAGCAAUCUCAGAGAGAAAAUGAAAAUGAGCAAGAGAAGGCAUCUAAAGAGGAGGGAAUCAAUGGGCCCACAGAUCAGAAUGCCCCUGUUUCUGAGGUCAUUGACGUGGAUGCCAGCAAUAUUUUGCCUAUUUCUGGGGAUUCAAAAAGAAACGACACCUUCGAACAGGAACAGAACUUCACUUUCGAGAUCAGUUCAUUGGCAGAUCUGUCUAGAAAAGACACCGCCAAGAAUUCACAACCUUUUCCUUUUAUUCGUGCUGGCAAAGUGACACCCAUUGUAGAGGGUUCUCCAACUUCUGGCUUAGUCCCAAUGGAAGCAAAGAUUUCACAAGAGAUUUCUCAUGGAAGUCCACAAGUAUCUGAAGGACAGAUUACACGUGGUGGGAAAAGUUCUGGUGAGCGUAAAACAAGGAGACGGUCUGGUAAGGAAAUUGGAAAGGAAACUGCUAAAAAAGGAAAUCAUGUGAAAGAAACAACUCCUGCAAGACAGUCAGAAAGAGGAGACAAAUCAACUAACGUGUCCUUGAGUCCAUCUGCAAUUUUCCAGUUUGUGCAAUCCAGUGAAAUGCAGCACUAUGGGCAUGUAGAAGGCAGUAAUACAAAACCAAUUUUUCUUCUUACUGCAUCGACAUCAAAUCUGCCAGAUUUGAAUACUUCAGCUUCACCAUCUACAAUGUUUCAGCAGCCUUUCACAGAUUUGCAGCAAGUGCAAUUGCGUGCUCAGAUCUUUGUUUAUGGAGCUUUAAUUCAAGGAACGGUACCUGAAGAGGCACAUAUGAUAUCAGCUUUUGGUGGACCUGAUGGAGGGAAGAGCAUUUGGGAGAAUGCCUGGCGCGCAUGCGCGGAAAAGCUGCAUAUUCACAAGUCUCAGCCCAUCACCCCUGAAACCCCUUUGCAGUUGCGUCCGGGUGUUAGGGCUCUUGAACAAGCAAUUAAACAAAAUGCAUUUCAAAGUAAAGGCAUAUCCUCCCCUCUUGGUCGAACCAGCAGCAAGGGUAUUCCAACAGUUGUAAAUUCUAUGGUAGCCCUCUCAUCACCACUGUGGAGUAUUCCUACCCCUUGUGAUGCUCUGCAAUCUAGUGUCAUGCCAAGAGGUUCAAUCAUGGAUUAUCAGCAGACACUUUCUCCAUUGCAUCCUUAUCAAACUCCUCCAGUUAGGAACUUUGUUGGACAUAACACUUCGUGGAUACCUCAGGUCCCAUUUCAUGGCCCCUGGAUGGCUUCACCACAAACUUCUGCACCUGAUGCUACCACUCAUAUUUCUGUGUUACCUAACGCAGAAAUAAUUAAAUCAACUCCAAUAAGAGAAUCAUUCAUGCCACAUACAUCUGCAAUAAAGCAUGUCUCUGCCGGUCCAAUGGUGCAGAGUGGGGUCCCUACUAGCGCUCCCUUGCUUGAUCCAAAAGAAGUAAUAGUGUCACCCAGACAGAAUUCUACAGAUCCAAAGUCUAGAAGAAGGAAGAAGACUCCAGUUUCUGCUGAUCCUGGCCAGUUUGUUUUGCAAUCUCAAUCUCAACCAAAACCAGUUUCUUCUCCUGCUGUUAUUAGUCAUCUGUCUACCUCUGUUUCCGUUACAACUCCAACAUGCUUUGCUUCUAAAGCCACUUCAGAGAAAUUCAUUAUAUCUGAGCCUCCUUUGUCAUCCACUGAUAUCCUCAAAAGGGCAGGCCAGGAUGUAGAGCGGCCCUUAGAGCAGAGGGCUGCUUUGUCAGAGGAGACACUUCGUAAAGUUAAGGAGGCUAGGUUACAGGCAGAGGAUGCUGCUGCUCUCUCUGCUGAUGCAGUCAAUCACAGCCACAGAAUAUGGAGUCAGAUGGAAAAGCAAAAGACUUCUGGUUUGGUAGCAGACGUUGAAGCUAAAUUAUCUUCUGCAGCAGUUGCAAUAGCUGCAGCUGCUGCUGUUGCUAAGGCAGCGGCUGCAGCUGCCAAUGUUGCAUCAAAUGCUGCAUUGCAAGCACAGCUAAUGGCAGAAGAAGCACUUGUUUCAAAUGGUAAUGACGAUCCCAGUCAAUGUAAUGGAGCUUCUCUUCCUGACAGUGUGGAUAUUUUAGGAAAGGCUACUCCUGCAUCCAUCCUGACGGGUGAAAAUGGUACAAACAGUUCCGGUUCAAUCAUUACAGUUGCUAAGGAGGCUGUUAGAAAGAGGGCUGACUCUGCUUCGGCUGCUGCAAAAAGAGCUGAAAAUAUGGAUGCGAUUGUAAAAGCCGCUGAGCUGGCUGCAGAGGCCAUCUCACAGGCUGGGAAGAUUGUUGCUAUGGGUGAUUCUUUCCCGUUAAGUGAGCUGCUAGAAGCUGGUCCAGGGGGCUAUUGGAAAGUUUCCAGAGAUUCUUCUGAGCUAGUUUUGAAAGCAAGCAACAUGAAUAGAGAACAAUUAAACAGUGAUAGUGUUAGAGGGGGUCCAGAUACUUCUACAAAGCAUUCAAAAGAGGGACGCUUAGAUAAGAAAGUAGCUCAGAGUACUACUACACUUGAGAAAUCACCAAUUACAACAGAGAUGCCUAAAGGGUCGAUGGAGGAUCAUAUGAGAUUGGCAGAUGGAUUUUCAGGUAUUGUCACGGCCAACGAAAAGGAUUCAAGAGGGCAAAAGGGCCGAAGAGCUUUUGAUUUGGCCAAGACUAUUGGUGUGGUUCCUGAAUCCGAGAUUGGAUCAAGACCUUCCAUAACAGUUCGGAAUGAGUAUGAAAAGGCUGCGGAAAAUUUUAAACUGAGCUGCAUCAAGGAGGGUUCACUUGUAGAGGUUCUUAAAUCUACAGAUGGAUUUAAAGCUGCCUGGUUCACUGCCAAUGUAUUGAAUUUAGAUGAUGGGAAAGCUUAUGUGUCUUACACUGAACUUCAAACAGAUAAUGGGGAGGGACAGCUAAAGGAAUAUGUGGCACUUCAAGGUGAAGGAGACAAACCACCAAGAAUACGCACUGCCCGUCCUGUUACUGCACUGCGAUAUGAAGGAACAAGGAAGAGACGUAGAGCAGCCAUGGGAGAUUAUAAUUGGUCUGUUGGAGAUCGAGUCGAUGCAUUGAUUGAAGAUAGCUGGCGGGAAGGGGUUGUCACUGAAAAGAACAAGAAAGAUGAGACAACAUUAACUGUCCAUUUUCCAGCUCAUGGAGAAACAUCAGUUGUGAGAGCCUGGCAUCUUCGGCCUUCUCUCAUUUGGAAAGAUGGGGAAUGGGUCGAGUGGUCCAAUUUGCGAGAGAAUGUCUGCACUUCCCGUGAGGGUGAUACACCGAAGGAAAAGCGACUCAAGUUGGGCAGUCCAGUGACAGAGGCCAAAGGGAAGGAUAAGGUGUUCAAGAGUAGGGAUGUUGUUGAAUCAGGAAAACUGGAAGCGUCAAGAUUACUGGAUUUAUCAGCGACCGAUAAGAUAUUUAACAUUGGUAAGAACAGCAGAAAUGAGAAUAAGCCAGAUGCUAUCAGGACUUUACGGAGUGGUUUGCAGAAGGAAAGAUCCAGAGUUAUUUUUGGGGUUCCUAAGCCUGGAAAGAAGAGAAAAUUCAUGGAAGUAAGCAAACAUUAUGUUGCAGAUCAGAGCAAUAAGAUUACUGAAGCAAAUGAUUCAGUUAAAUUUCAGAAAUAUACAAUGCCUCGAGGAUCAGGAUCCCGUGGAUGGAAAAAUAGUUCAAAAAAUGAUUUGAAGGAAAAACAACGAGCUGAAACCAAGUCCAGAGCUCUUAAGUCCGGAAAAGCACAAAGUCUCUCUGGGAGAAUUAUUCCAGCAAAGGACAACCUUUUGAGCGCAGUUUCUGCUCCUGACGAUGCCACCCUAGCAGAUCUUUCAGCAAAAGAUAAGGAUUCUGCAAGUCAUGCUGAGAACGCAUCUGGAAAGAAUAACAAGUUGGAAAUUGGAUCACUUUCUAGCGCUGAGGGAACUACAGAGGGCCCACUUCUAUUUUCUUCUCUGGCUCCCUCAUCAGAUGGAUCCUCCAGGAAAGUUUCCACAUCAAACGCCAAAUCUGUAAGGGUGAAUAAAGGAAAAAUUGCCCCUGCCGGUGGAAAGUUGGCUAGAAUUGAAGAGGACAAAAUUUUUAAUGGUAACCCUGCAAAAUCAGCCUCUGAAGUUGUUGAGCCUCGUAGAUCUAAUCGCAGAAUUCAACCGACAUCAAGACUACUAGAAGGACUGCAAAGCUCGUUGACCAUCUCAAAGAUUCCUUCUGUUUCGCAUGACAAGGGUCACAAGAGUCUUAUUAGGACUGCUUCUAGGGGGAGUAACCAUGGUUGAAAGGAUCAUUUGCAGUGAAAGGGUUCCAGUUCAGAGAAUCAGAGUUAUUGGAUGACCAACACUAAGAAUAGUUUGUGUAUAUUUAUAGGAGGGAGGAGUUAGGAAUGGAAAUUCUUACUUCCUGUGGUUUAGUCAACAUGUAGUCGGUAGAUAAAUAUUGGUUUUAGUUUCGUCACAAGUAAUUAAUACUGUAGGUCCUCCCUACCCUGGUAGUUGUAUAUGGAAAAUUCUCCAUGUAAUUUGGCUUGAGAAUUACUGAGGAAGCUUGUAGAUGAUCAAUCAGGAGAUGUUGCUGCUGCGCGCCUACCUGAUGCUAACUUCCUCGAUGCGAUCAUCUCCGUGCUUGCGUGCGUGCGUUUGUUUCCUUGUCACUGCAGCCCUAUCCCCUUCCCUCCCAUUUUAAGAACCAUCUUGUUACUUUGUAUUACUCCUGCACUUCUCUACCGAGUUCUGUUUUGGUGCCGCCUUUGGAUAAAAAAACGAAUAAUAUUCAACUUUUAAGCAA